AUGCUAACGAACCACGCGUACUGGAACCUAGACGGGUUCGACAACGACGAGACGAAUCUGCUCCUAGAUCACACCAUGCACGCGCCUUUCAGCAAGCAGCGCAUCGGAGUGGAUUCUAUCCUCAUCCCAACGGGAGAGGUCCUAGAGAACGAAGAGGGCUCCGUCAAUGACUUCUGGAGCGAGCCAAAGCAGGUUGGUGCGUCCUUUGAGGACCCCGAUAUGGAGGGGAACUGCGGAAUAGGUUGUGUCGGUUACGACAACUGCUACACCAUUGACCGGGAACAACAGGAUAUCGACUCCUGGCGCGAAAGUGGAUAUGUGUUUAGUUUGGCUUCGGAGUGGUCCGGUAUCCGAUUUGACGUGUAUACCGACCAAGAUGCCGUGCAGGUGUACUCUUGCAAUUUCCAAGACGGCGGUGUCCCUCUCAAGAAGACACAAGUCAACUCGGGGCUCAAGUUAGAGAGUGGCAAAUGGUGA